AUGAAGACCCUAAAAAGCAUCUGUACCUUCUUUCCCUGCACCUUGAAUCUUGUUUUCUCCUGCUACUUAUAACUGUGAUGAUCCCUCUCAACUCUUCCCAAUACUAGGUUUCCACAUCAAAUUAUUACCCCAAGAGGAUGGCAGGAGGUAACCCUCCAAAACCCUCCUCCAAUAAGCCAGAUCCUUCUUCCGCCUCCGCUUCACACCGUAAAUCCCGAUGGGAAUCCACCACCGGAAAAAAACCUUCUUCCGAUUCCAAAACCACCGCCUCCACCGCCGUCGCCGUCGCCUCCGCCUCCGGAUCGGGCGAUCCCAAAUCGAAGCCCUCUCCAAAACCCACAAACCCCAAUCACCCUACGACUCCAAAUCCGAAACCCAUUAACAAUCCAUCACCAAAACCCGACCCGAAUGCUCACUUUGGCUUACCCCCUUUCCCUUUCCGUGACCCACCUCCACCCCCUUUAUACGGGUUUCACAUGCUUGAACGUAGAACCAUAGUUCUUGCUGAUGGUUCUGUACGCUCUUACUUCGCAUUACCCCAUGAUUAUCAAGAUUUUCCAGCUUUUCCCCGGCCGGAGUUUCGUGGGCCGCCGGGGUUAGGAUUUGAGAGGCAGUUUCUGGAUGAUGGGUUUAUGAGGAAUAGGAAUCCGGAUCAUUGGAAUCCCAUAGGGCUAGAGGGGGGACGUGUUGGUGAUAAUUCAAUAAAGAGGAAGUUUGGUGACGAGGGAAAAGAUGGGCUUGAGAGGUUAAGGCAACAGGUGUUGGAACACGGAAAUGCAGGGGCGGCUCCACCCGGGUCGAGUAGUUUGUAUAUGGGUAGAGGAGGAGAAGAAAUGAAUAGGCCUGCAAAAUAUAUGAGAAGUGGAGGUUUUGAAGGGAGUGCGAGUAGGACUAAGCACAAUGAGGUGGAUCAAAGUGCAUUGAAGAAGUCAUUUUUGCUUAUGGUGAAGUUAAUUUAUGAUAAUGCUAGUCUCAAAAGGAGUUAUUUGGCUGAUGGAAAGCAGGGGCGUUUGCAGUGUCUUGCUUGUAACAGGACUUCAAAAGAUUGUCCUGAUAUGCACUCUCUCAUUAUGCACGCCUACAACUCGGAUAGUGCUGAUUCACUUGUGGAACAUUUGGCCUUUCACAAAGCAUUAUGUGUUCUGAUGGGAUGGAACUAUUUGACACCUCCUGAUCACUCAAAGUCAUAUCAGAUGUUAUCUGUUGAUGAAGCAACUGUAAACCGAGAUGAUCUAAUUUUGUGGCCGCCUUUGGUUAUAAUCCAUAACACUAUCACAGGAAAACGUGAUGAUGGGCGCAUGGAGGGUUUGGGAAACAAGGCAAUGGAUAGUUACCUUAAAGGUAUUGGAUUUCAUGGUGGCAAGGCAAAGGCCUUGUAUAGCAGAGACGGUCAUCUAGGUGUUACCCUGGUUAAGUUUGCAAGUGACCAAUCAGGUUUGAUGGAAGCCAUGCGGUUAGCUGAAUAUUUUGAUAAAGAUAACCGCGGGAGAAAUGGUUGGGCUCGACUGCAGCCCUUGACUCUAGGCAAGGAUGAUGAGAACAAUCCUGACCUUUGCAAGUUUGAUCAUAGGACUGGAGAGAAGAAGAGAGUCUUCUACGGUUACCUGGGUACUGUUAACGACUUAGAGAAGGUUGAUUUCGACUUUCGAAAGAAGAUUACCAUUGCUAGCCGAUUGGAUUACAAGCCAUCUGGUUAGAACCACUUCAAUAGAUUUGCCUUAAGAUGUGCUUCAGUUGAGAAUAUUACAUUUCCCUGCACUAGAUAUUGUGGUUUCAGUUACUUGUAUUGCCCAUAGGAAUUGGUGGGCUGGGGUUCUCAGGGAUAACAGUAGAACUAAGUUAUAAAUGCCAUGCAUGUCUUUUUUCUCCUCUUGUAGUGAAACAUUUCUGGUGCAAGGUUAGCGGUUUUGAGGUCCAACAAGACUCACUGAUGGUUCUUGUCCUUGUCCGUCCCACUUCCUCAGUUUGAGGCUGGGUGUACCAUUUGGGUGUGGAUAAGUUCAUGGUUCAAAAAAUCGACCUGAAAAUUGGAAAUUCAUUAUUGCCGGCUAAACUCCCAAGCACUAGUCACUAGAUUGAAAUCAGUAGUAGUAAGUUCUGAUGCAGUUUAGACAAAAAGUAUGGUGCUCCUCCUCAGGCUAAGCAGCAGCAGCAUCUUGGUCUUUGCCUUUUGGUGGUUUUCUUUUACUGAUAAGUUUAGAUAAAAUCUUUUUUUCCUCUUUAUAUGUGAAAAAGUUAUUAUUAGAAGAUAAGCAUGGUUUGAAGAGGCUCUUAUACGGAACAUCCCGAAGUAAUAUCAAUUAAUUGAAAUUCCGAAGCCUAAAUAUCACCUCUAGCAUCAAUAGGGGUAUUAGUUGGGGGCAUUGUAACACAAACCUAGUAAGGCUCAGCCACAGGUAUCUGAGCAAUUCUUCCAAUUACUUUUUACAGAAUUCCUUGUAUCAACAAGCGAUUGCCCAUUGAUACAACAUCAACAUUAUUCGACACAAGUAUUACGAAAUCUAGUGAUGAACACUCGUUCAAGAUAUAUAUUUGCUGCUACCACUAAGAUUGGCAUUGAUAGUAGUUGUUCCCUGGCUCACCCCCAAGGUUUUUCAGCGACUGUCGUGCCCUCCUACUCAUCUGGGGCCUGACACUUGCUUUGAUGGCUGGGUGGUUGUGCGUUUAAGUGUCAUCCAUUAAUUGAUUUGGCAGGUGAGUUGUUACACUCUUUAUAGGAUUUAGACUUUCAUGACCACUGUCUUGCUAUCUUAAUCGACAGACACCUUUUGUGGGAGAUUUGGGUUAGUACGCGCACCGUAACUUGGCUUUUUGGCUCAUCCCGCGGUUAUCACGAAAAGUUGAUCCAAUAUUAAAUAUAUAAAGCAAGUAGUAUUUGCUUGAAUUUUUUGUAAAAUGUCAUGUUACUAAGAUUUGAUGCCACUUUGAAGUUGUAAAACUUUCUUCUUUUCCUCCUUGGAUUUUGUCUGGAGAGGGGAAUAUUUUUCAUUCCAGUCAAAAGUAGGACUCAAGUGCCUUAUCUCUCUCCAAACUUUAGUGGUCAAGAAGGAAUCAAUUCUCUGUUGGUAUU